CAGCCGGCGUCGCGGUCGCUCUCGUAUUAUAACCUCAAUUUAACAAAAUAUAUUUGUGUAGUUUCCGUGCAAAAUGGCUCAAAUGGACGCUUUAAGCAAAAUCGGUAUCAUAGGUUUGGUGUUGCUUGCGAUAUGGCUAGUGAAGUUCUUGUUUAAUGUGAUUUUCACCUAUGUUAUUGGUCCAGCGGUGAAUAAAGUGGACUUUAAAUCGAAAGGGAAAUGGGCAUUGGUCACCGGCUGCACAGACGGCAUCGGCAAACAGUACGCCAGAGAGUUGGCUGCCCGCGGUUGUGAUAUUGUUCUAGUCAGUCGAUCUAUCGACAAGCUGAGGGCGACUGCUGAAGAAUUAGAGAAAGACUACAAGGUGUCAACAAAGGUGAUCCAAGCGGACUUCUGCGAGGGCGAUGAAAUAUACACGAACAUCGCUAGAGAGAUCACAGAUCUGGAAAUCGGCACCCUGGUCAACAAUGUAGGCAUUUCCUACUCGUACCCUGAGUACUUCCUGGACGUGCCUGAUUGGGAGAAGAUGAUGUCCAACCUCAUCAAAGCCAACGUAGCCUCGGUGACCAAAGUUACUGGCCUCGUUCUGCCCGGCAUGGUGAAACGCGGCAAGGGCGUCGUCAUCAACAUCGGAUCUGCCUCCUCCAUCAUUCCCAGCCCGUUGCUAACAGUCUACGCUGCGUCAAAGGCUUACGUGGACAAAUUCACCGAGGGCCUCGACAUGGAGUACAGGAAAAAGGGCAUUAUCUCCCAAUGCGUAAUGCCCGGUUUCGUGUGCACCAACAUGUCCGGCAUCCGCAGGAGCACCUUCUUCGCGCCCACCGCUAAGACUUUCGUGAAGUCCGCCUUGAGUCUCGUGGGUACUGUCUCUAGGACGACCGGGUACCUGCCCCAUGCUAUCUUCACGAACGUCAUCAACUUCAUCAAUGAGGUCAGCGGGAACUUCGGCGUGUGGCUGGUCACCAGGUCCAUGGAGAACAGCCGCGCUCGGGCACUGAAAAAGUACAAAAAGCAAUAAUUUUUCUGUUUUUGGGAGCAAGUUAAUGUUUCUCCUUCUUUAUCCUGUGAUGCAGCAAGACUAUUUUUUUCUUUACACUUAUAAACAUAUUUCUUCCUCCAGUCACUAGUCUGUCUGUAUUUGUAACCACUAACUAAGUUUGCAGUGUCUAAGUUAAAAGGGUAAUUUAAGUUAUAUCUUAAAUGUCUUAACAUUAUUGAGAUAAUUCGCAGUGGUGAAAAGUCUCAACAAAUCCGCACGCCGAAGUUAAUUGGCUUACAUUUUAUUUCAAAUUUGUAUAUUUCAUGGACGGGGUGUCCAAUAAGGAUGAACUUAAAAAAAUUAAUGAAACGAUUUACCUCUAAUAGUAAAAACACUACAUUAUAAGCAAUUUAUCAUUUUUUUUCUUGCUGCAUCACACUUCCUUCUUCACAUUUGCAUGCCAUUUAUGCCUUACACCAAAGACAUUGCAAACGCAUUAGUCAACUUCGAACCUUUAAAAAUGUGAUUUAGUAAUAGUAUAGGUACAAAUAUGUUACCCGGAGCGCUGUAAUAUUUGCAUUUAAGAAUCUGCUUUUUAUCUAGGCUCAAUUUCGAUGAAGAGGGUAAUUCCGAAAAUCUUGGAUAUUUUCAUCAUAUUAGAGUCAAUUUAUUCUGAUUAUUCAGAAUUCUGAAGUAUUCUGAAUUAUCCAAAUUAUGUCGAGCCGUAACUUAACACUUUCACCGUUCAUUUAUAAAUGUCGAAAGAUCCGAGUGUGUUGCUGUUUUAAAGAGGCUUCAAACCCUUCUCUUUCUGUAUUUACUUGCUACUGGUGUCAUUUUCGUUUAGUCUGUGACAUGAAAUACGCGAAAGGAUAUAAAAAUUCACCAAAACAUUGGCAUUUCAAAAGAUGGUUUUCAAGAACUUGACAGCUUGUGAAUAAUUACAGAAUCUGGCGCCUAGAUUUAGUGUAAUUUUUUUUUUUAUAUGGGUCCAUUAAUAAUAGAAAAAGAAAUACAUGUCCAUCCAUCUGCCAUCUGCUGAAAAUACAUUCUCUCUUCAUUUUCAAAAGAACUCAAUGUAAACCCUCACGACUUAAUGUAAUAUGUGAAAUUCUGGACAGUGAAAGUGUUAAGUGUUGGAAGUAAUAAUUAAUUUAGUUGUUAUAGAAUAAAGAUUUCUUAAUUAAAAGGGAUUGUAAUACAUGAUAUGAUGUAUCACAGUUUGGUGUACUAAUAAAAUGCUUGAUUUUAA